CAGUAUUUUGAUUCGUAUCUGCUGGAAGUGAGGAAAAAGAGAAAAGUGAAGGGCCGUCGAGGGGAGGGGGGGCUGAAAAAGAGGAGCUGUCAAAAAGGUAUUCCCGAGUCUCUGUCAAGCGGCGGAGGGCUGAGGCGCCGUGUCCCUCCCCUGGCGCUAUUUCGAGGACACUCAAGGCCCGGGGCCUCGGUGCAGUUGGCUCUUCGUCUGCCUGGUAGUAGCUGGAGCCCUCCCGGCUACUCCUCUCCCAGCUCCGCGGCCCUCUGGAGGUCCGGCGGCGGUCUCGGGUGUUGAAGGCGGCCCGGGGAGCGGCGGCGGCGGAGGAAGCAAAAAAAUGUUCAAGAUGAAGGCAACUUGCUGCCAUGAUUGACGCCCCAGUGCGCUGAACUGAACAAAAGUCCUGACGCGGUAACAUACGAAUGGCCCAGGGAAGCCACCAGAUUGACAUUCAGGUUUUGCAUGACCUGCGCCAGAAGUUCCCUGAAGUCCCAGAGGGUGUUGUCUCCCAGUGUGUUCUGCAGAACAACAACAACCUAGACGCCUGCUGUGAAUACUUGUCUCAAGUCAGUCCGGGCUACCUAUACAGUGAAGAAGGAAAUCUCAGCUUUCCUGACGAUCCCAGCUUCACCAGGCUCCGUAAUCACAUGACCCAGCUGAACCUGGGACUGCAGUCUCAGAAUGUGCAUGUGGCCCCGAUUCGGGACGGCCUGAGAAUGAACGGCAGUCGGACUCUGGCUCACAGCCCGAGUGACGGGCCCCUCCAGACAGGCCAGGCCCAAAAUAGUGACUUCUUUCAGCAGGAGUCCCAGUCAGCCUCAGUGCAGGUGCCAUCCAGCCUCCAUGUAUUUGGUGGGAUGGAACCCACGCGCAAACCGCAGCCUCCACAGCACCUUGGACUUUACCCUCUGGGUGUCAAAGGAACGACUAUGGGUUCCCAACAGACACCACGCUACAACCCAUUUACAGUGACGCUAGCCCCCAAUAUCCAGACAGGCCGUAACACCCCAACUUCCUUGCACAUACAUGGCGGACCACAGUCGGGCCUCAGCAGUCCACAGGGUAAUUCUAUCUAUAUCAGGCCCUAUGUUAGCCAGACCGGUACAACUCGGCAGAACCAGCAGAUAGGGGGCAGGGCCCAGUACAGCCCCACUUCCCAGCCCCAGCAGCAGAUCUACCAGAUCUCACACCCCGCCUCACUGUCUGGCUCCUGGUCCGGCCCUCAGCUCGCCUCCUCUUCACAUACCUCACAGCACCAGACCCAGGGCCACCAGACCUCUCAUGUCUACAUGCCCAUCAGCUCCCCCACAAAUCCCCAGGCCCCCUCCAUUCUUCCCACUGGAAGCCAGGCCUCUUCCUCUGGUGUCUCCUCAUGCUCAUCUUCCUCCUCCUCUGUCAUGCCCACUUCUUCUACAAUCAGCCAGUACAACAUCCAGAACAUCUCCACUGGCCCACGGAAGAAUCAGAUAGAGAUCAAACUUGAAUCUCCUCAGAGGAGCAACUCCACAACCACAACAGCUGUGCUGCGGACGAGCAGUGGUCCCCGUUCAUCCUCCACCUCCUCCUCCUGUCCCGCCUCUUCGUCCUCCUCGACGGGGGUGGCUACUGUCCCCACCACCCCUCUGUCAAUCGGAUGCCCAGGUCUGAGCCGCAGCCAGCCAACUGUUUACAUCUCUGCCAGCCCACCUACUGUUGCUACUACUCCCUCUGAGGAGGCUGUUGUGGCCUCAGGCGGCUCCCGCUCCCAACCCAAGUUUUACAUUUCUGCCAAUGCCUCCAGCGACUACGGUGGGGGAAGGAAUCCUCCCACAGUCUACAUCUCAGCCAACCCUCCUUUGCAGGGGCCAUCAGGGCCCAGGAAUAUGGGAGGCCAAGUAAGCAUGGGCCCUGCUUACAUCCAUCACCAUCCACCUAAGUCUCGUGCCUCUGUGGGAGGAGGAGGCACAGCUUCCCCUCGUGUGGUGGUGACUCAGCCCAACACCAAAUACACUUUUAAAAUCACAGUGUCCCCCAACAAGCCACCAGCUGUGUCCCCUGGGGUAGUGUCUCCUACUUUUGAGCCCAACAACCUUCUCAGCCUACCCUCAGACCACCACUUUGUGGAGCCAGACCCCCUCAAUCCUUUAGACUCACUGUCAGCACACGGGGACAGGCCGAGUGAGCCUCGCAGACUCAGCAUGAGUUCCGAGGAUGCGGCGUACACACAAGCGUUGUUGGUCCACCAGAAGGCGCGCAUGGAGAGGCUGUGGCACGAGUUGGAGAUGAAAAAGAAGAAGCUGGAGAAGCUAAAAGAGGAGGUGAACGAGAUGGAGAACGACCUGACCAGGAGACGGCUGGAAAGAUCCAACUCAGCCUCCCAAAUUCCUUCUAUCGAGGAAAUGAAGCAGUUGCGUUGCAAAAACAGGUUACUGCAGAUCGACAUCGACUGCCUCACCAAAGAAAUUGAUCUCCUUCAAACAAGAGGACCACACUUUAAUCCCAGUGCAAUCCAUAACUUCUAUGACAACAUUGGAUUCCUUGGUCCUGUCCAACCAAAACCCAAAGGUACUUUAUCUAUUGACUCGGGCAGUAAGAUGGUGAAGCCCGUAGCAGACCAGGAGGAGGACGAGGGGACGCAGUGGAGCUGCACAGCCUGCACCUUCCUCAACCACCCCGCCCUCAACCGCUGUGAACAGUGCGAGUUCCCGCGGCACUUCUGAGCCAACCAGGCUGCGCCGCUCCGCCAUCUCCUCUGCCCACCUGUGUUUCACCUAGAAUAGAAAAGGGGCUCCCUCCUUUUCUUUUUUUUCCCUACGUUUAUGAAAACUGGGACAGGGCGUGGUCUUUGUGCAUUGUGCGGCCUCCUUGUUUUAUUUUUCUCUUUUCUGUUUCCUCUAUAAGGUUUUUUGUUGAAUGCUGUCCACUGAAGGCUUGACUGGAUAGUGUUUACAACUUGUUUUUUUCCUAAAGGAUGAUAC